CACCAGCUUUCCUGUGAAUCCUCCUCCUAGCCUCCUUUCAACUGGACAUACAGACACGUCUUCUAUCUCGUCACACAUCCCGAAGCCAGCAUGCCCAUCAUCAGCAAUGCCAACCACGACUUCAGCACCUACUCAGUCAGCAGCGAUGACAGCAGCCUCGACCGCUUCUUCACAGAGAUCCCGGAGACUGAGACCAUCAAGGGCGUGUACUUCCAGCGCGCCCAGUUGCUCCGUGACUCCAAGGCCUCGUAUGUGGUCGACCACACGCUGCAGGUCCUCGUCAAUGUCGGGGGCAACCGCUACACCUUCCCCUGGAGCACCUUGGAGCAGUUCCCCCACAGUCGACUGGGCCGCUUGCGAUUCUGCACCACCCCGGAGGAGAUCGCACGACUCUGUGAUGACUAUGACGAGACGUGCCAGGAGUUCUUCUUUGACCGUAACCCUACAGCCUUCCGGGUCAUCCUCAACUUCCUGGCUGCGGGAAAACUGCGUCUGCUCAGGGAACUGUGUGCCGUAUCACUGCAUGAUGAGCUGGAUUACUGGGGCGUGGACCCAGGCCACAUGGAGCGUUGCUGCCGCCGCCGCAUGAUCACCCGUGUAGAGGAAGUGGCCGAGCGUGAACGAAAGGAAGAAGAGUGGAGAAAGAGGAGGAUGGUGCUGAAGAAAAGCCCCAUAGUGGCUGACAAGGGCUAUCGCAGACUGAUCGGGAUACUGCGGGAAAUGGUGGAGAACCCUCACUCAGGCUUACCAGGAAAGAUGUUCGCCUGCUUCUCUGUUAUCAUGGUUCUGAUCACUGUUGUCAGCCUGUGCAUCAGCACCAUGCCGGAUCUCAGAGAGGAAGAAACCAGGGGUGAAUGUUCCCAAAAGUGCCACAGCAUGUUUGUGGUGGAGUCUAUUUGUGUGGCCUGGUUCACCUUGGAGUUUGUGCUGCGAUUCAUCAAUGCCCAGAGCAAGCUGGCCUUUGCCCGUGGUCCACUCAACAUCAUCGAUGCCGUUGCCAUCUUGCCGUACUACGUGUCCUUGAUCUUCGAGGUCAGCGAUGAAUCGCAGGAGGAUGUUAGCAUGAUGGGUGGCAGAGGCUACCUGGACAAACUGGGUCUAAUCCUACGUAUGUUAAGGGCCCUGCGCAUCCUGUAUGUGAUGCGACUGGCCCGCCACUCUCUGGGCCUGCAGACUCUUGGCCUUACCAUGCAGCGCAGCAUGAGGGAGUUCGGCUUGCUGCUGCUGUUUGUGUGCGUGGCUGUGACCCUGUUUUCACCUCUGGUCCAUCUAGCUGAGAGCGAACUGGCUCCAUUUGCAUCUACACACCCCCACCACAGCUUCAGCAGCAUCCCGGCCUCUUACUGGUGGGCCAUAAUCUCCAUGACCACGGUGGGCUAUGGCGACAUGGUGCCGCGCAGCAUCCCCGGACAGAUUGUUGCGUUGACCAGCAUCUUGAGUGGAAUCCUCAUCAUGGCUUUCCCUGCCACCUCUAUCUUCCACACGUUCUCCCGCUGCUAUCAGGAGCUGAAGCAGGAGUACGAGCAGCUGUGGAAGGAAGAGAGGGGUGCUGAACUCGCCGCUGAGCCAGAGGAAGAUUUGGUGGAUGUAGGUUUUCCACCAUACCCGGAUGAGCUCAAUUCUUUGCCCAGAGAAGGCAAUGUUGGGCUAAUGUCAAGCAGGAAUCAGUCCAUGCUUCCAUCUACAGCCUUCUGAGGGACCAGGGAAAUGCAUUAGUCCCAUUCGUUUUGUAAUUACAUGGUAAAGCUGGUAAAAAUAUAUUACAGCAAUGCCGUAUCUCUUAUCACUACCUUUAGAAUAGAAAGCUAUGACUGUUAUAUUAUGGACAUUGUGCUACACUUCAGCUUUCAGUUCGAGACUAUUUAUAUUCUCUAUUCAUGAUUCUAUUCAUUUAGCUCUCACCGAACUAUAAUACUCUGUCUCCCUCCCUGCCUUUCCCUCUUCAAAAGUCAACGUCACAGCAGUAUGGAG